AUGUCUACCGAUGCCAUUGAGAUGCCCAGCUACUUCAGCAAGAUGAUCGACAACGAGACGGAUCACUUCGUCCCCAAGUUCGAGGCUGCUCUCAAUAAGAUCUUCGAUCGCUUUGAUAGCAAUGCCGACGGCUACAUGAGCCGCCCGGACAUCGUCAACUUCACGGCCGCCUCCAACGGGGUGGGCUUCGAUGAGGACGAGCUGGACGAGAUUAUCCUCUACUUUGCCAUGGACGCCGAUGCGGCCAAGGAGGCCAACAUCGACCCGGAGCUGGCCUGCAAGCAGCUCUCCCGCGGCGGCUUCCUGGACUUCUUCCACCUGCAGACGCUGGCCGACCCGCGCGAGACCAUGCGCGACCUCCGCCGCCUCGGCUUCAACGAGGACUUCGACCUGGUCCAUGAGGACUGGAACGUGGAGAAGCACCGCGCGCAGAAGAAGCUCGAUGGGCUUUCCUCUUCCGAGGACGAGGAGGAUGACGAGGAGGAUGGCGAGGAGGAUGGCCACUGUGAGGACUCCGACUGCGAGGGCUGCUGCGGCGACGAGUGCGGCUCCGACUGUGAUGGCGAGUGUGGCACCGAUGACGAGGAGGACGAGGAAGACGAGGAGUGA